AUGAUCCAUGGUUUCCUUUCCCUACACAUCCAGGACCAGGAUUUCCCCAGCCAAAUCCCAAUUGGCCUCGACCACCAAAUGACAAUUGCAAAAAAUGUCCUCCUGGGCCUAAAGGAGAUAAAGGGCCCUGAGGGAAAACAAGGUGAACACGGGCCAAAGGGCGAUCAGGGCCCCAAAGGUGAUCAGGGCCUCAAGGGAGAUGAAGGCAACCAAGGCGAUAAGGGUGAAAAAGGCAACAAGGGUGACAAGGGUGACAAGGGUGACAAGGGUGACAAGGGUGACAAGGGCGAUAAGGGUGAUAAAGGCGGCACCGGCGACAAGGGUGACAAAGGCGACAAAGGUGGCACCGGCGACAAGGGUGACAAGGGCGACAAGGGUGAAAUAGGCGACAAAGGCGACAAAGGCGGCACCGGCGACAAGGGUGAAACAGGCGACAAGGGUGACAAGGGUGACAGGGGAGCUACCGGCGACAAUGGCAACAACCAACGUCCUAAUAAUAACACCACUCAACAAGGCUUGUCACUCUCGGAGCUCGAAAGCCUUCGGCUUUGCCAGCCUAAGUCAAACACCGAUGGCAAAGAAGUCGAGGUUGGUGGCGUAACAUACAAGAUAACCUGUCGGCGAGUCAUUGCCGGGGAAAAGUACAGUGUUUUCAACACACAUCGCCUUGAAGAGGCUAUGGUUAUUUGCUCAACCCUGCCCGGCUGUGAAGCAGUUGGCGCCAGCGGCAGCUCCAUCGUCUCAUGGAACCCCAGUCGUGGUGUCGAAACAGCCCCAUCGCCUGAAGGGAUAGUUGCUGUCGCAUUGCAGGCUCGACCAUCGAAAGAUAUCCCACCAAACAUCAAGAAGGCGCGAGAGAGCGAGUGCCCAGAUAUCCAUGGGUCAACCUUGGAUGUAGGUGGUGUCAAAUAUGAAAUAUUCUGCACAAGCCGCAAAAGCACGCUUAAAGACCCUGUGAAAACAAUGAGUGCGGAGAAGAAUCUUUUUGAAUGUCUUGCACUGUGCUCUUCAGAGUCAAACUGCAAAGUUAUUGCACCAACAGGGACUACGCAGAAGUGUUCCAUGUCUGACACAGAAGAGUCAGGCUUUGAAAAUGAUGAAGGGGAGAGUAGGAUCUAUUGGGUUGCUCGUGCCAUGAACAGGGGUUAA